CUUCCACUCAAAUGGCGUGAUCCUCCUCCGCUUCCGCCUGACCGGACCAACGCCAAACCAGCUCCGUUCAAACCGCCUCCGCUCCAGAUCCAUUCCAAUCCAUCUCGCAAUCCCGAUCCCCUCCAUCAAGAUUUCGCCGCUGCCACUCCGUUCACACUCCCGCUCCCGCUAAUACCCCCGCUGCCGCUCCGACUCAGCUAUCGCGACUCCAAUUCCACACAGUUCCGCACACCCCCAGCACGCCCAACCCCACUUGGGCCUUUAGAUCUGCUCGUUGUUGUCCCUGUAAUCAGUCCGCCGGAUUCUGCCCCCGCUUUCACCUCUCGAGUGCCUUCCGGCCUUAAACCGAACCACUCCAGCUCAAGAAGGCCGGAUGCAGAUAGUGUCCCAGACCUAAACCCUUUCGGCGACAUCAAACUUAUCAGAUUGGCCCGAUCACCUUCGCCCCCACACAACAUUCCCGCUCUAACAAAAGAUUCAUCUCCUCCCGAUCGCACAGUCCACAACCAUCAUUCGGCCGUCGUCCAUGACUCGUCACUUUCACUCCCUUCACUCCUGUCUUCCGCUCAAAUCCCUCUCCCGUUUAUCCAAGCAUCAGGUUCGCCCAGCACUCCCACUCCGUCACCCAUCUCCUCCAGUGCACCUGCACAACCGAUUAAAUCUAUUGCUCGUUCUAGUAUCAAAGAAUUGGAAGAAGAGAUGAAGAAGUUACAUGAGCAGAGGGCUGUUGCUGAUAUUACUGAUAAGAAUGUUGGGUUAGAGGCUGCAGUAAGUGCGGCAUGUUCUGUUCUAGAUAGAGGCUCUAGCUCUGCUUAUAUGGUUGCAGCGACCAUUGAAGCUCAGGCUUCCCUAACAUCUGGCACAGAAAUUUCAAGCUUGCCUGUUCAGUUAGAUGAGUAUGGCAGGGAUGUUAACCUACAAAAGCAUAUGGAUUAUGUUGUGAGGGCUGAUGCUAAAAAGUGCAAAAAUAUAGAUAAGUCUUACAAUCUCUUUUGCAGAUGGAAUCAAAAGGAAUUGGGUUGCUACAUUGUGAUGAUAGAUGGGCGUGGGAUUCAUAAGUGCAUUGCAAAAGAAAUCAAACUGUUUGAGGAGAUUCAGGAAGCCAAUUCAAAUGAGCAUCCAGUAACUGAAUUGUACAGAAACAUUUCUUUUCUAUCUAUAGAGGGGCAUGGUGUGGACUUCAGGAC